ACCUCCAAUUUCGUAAGCUAAAAUAGCCGCCUAUUUAGAAAUUUAAUAAAAACAAAAAAAUAAAAAAAUAAUAAUAAAGAAAGUUAGAAAUAUAAAAGUCUAAGUCAACAAUUACACGUGGAAAGAUCCUAAACAGCUAGAUUGUACUCAAUUCACAUUCACAUUUUGUAACACAAUUAAACCUUUUUAUUAUCUCAUUUUGGAUUAAUCUUUUAUUUUCUCUCUCCUCCCUUUCCUAUAUAAAUACACCCGUUACAACUCUUACUUUACAGUAGACAAAAGUCACAAUACAUAACUCACAAAAUCUUUCAUAAGAGAAAAAACGAAGUUUAGUUUAUAAGGAGAGAAAGAAAGUGUUAAAAAGAAACACUUAAGAGGGGCAAUGGCUGGCGGAGGGUUUGUAGCGCCGUCGAGCGGAGUUGUUUUCGAGGCGAAGAUAACUCCGAUUGUCAUUAUUUCUUGUAUCUUGGCUGCCACGGGUGGUCUUAUGUUUGGUUACGACGUUGGUAUUUCAGGGGGUGUGACAUCAAUGAACCCUUUCUUGGAGAAAUUCUUUCCAGCAGUGUACCAUAAAAAAAAUUCACCAUCUGCUAACCAAAGUAACUAUUGUCAAUAUGACAACCAGGGGCUGCAAUUAUUCACCUCAUCUUUAUACCUUGCUGCCUUGGUUGCCACUUUUUUCGCGUCGUAUACAACCAGGCAGCUGGGGAGGAGGCUAACGAUGUUGAUCGCCGGGGUUUUCUUCAUCGUCGGUGUGGUGCUUAAUGCUGCUGCUCAAGAUCUUGCUAUGCUUAUUGUUGGUAGGAUUUUGCUUGGUUGUGGAGUUGGCUUUGCUAAUCAGGCAGUUCCCGUGUUUCUAUCAGAGAUAGCACCCACCCAAAUUCGAGGUGGUCUUAAUAUUUUAUUUCAGCUCAACGUCACCAUCGGUAUUCUUUUUGCCAACCUCGUUAAUUAUGGCACCGAUAAAAUGAAAGGAGGAAAUGGAUGGAGGGUGUCAUUAGGAAUUGCAGGAAUUCCAGCCUGCCUACUAACCUUGGGAGCUCUCUUUGUUACGGACACACCUAACAGUCUUAUUGAAAGAGGGCGCUUAGAUGAAGGCAAAGCCGUUCUUAGAAAAAUUAGAGGCACAGAUAACAUUGAGCCUGAAUUCAAUGAACUCGUUGAGGCUAGUCGUAUUGCCAAAGAAGUCAAGCACCCUUUCAGAAAUCUCCUUAAAAGAAGAAAUCGCCCCCAGCUCGUUAUUUCUAUUGCCUUGCAGAUCUUUCAACAAUUUACUGGAAUUAAUGCAAUCAUGUUCUACGCCCCGGUCUUAUUCAACACCUUAGGAUUCGGAGGCAAUGCAUCUUUGUACUCAGCAGUGAUCACUGGAGCAGUAAAUGUCCUCUCCACUGUCGUCUCUAUUUACUCUGUGGACAAACUAGGGAGACGAAUUCUUCUCCUUGAGGCCGGAGUUCAGAUGUUUUUGUCUCAGGUGAUCAUAGCCAUAAUUCUCGGGCUUAAGGUCAAGGAUCAUUCCAACGAUCUAGGUCAUGGCUAUGCAAUUUUAGUAGUCAUAAUGGUAUGCACUUUUGUCGCAGCCUUUGCGUGGUCAUGGGGGCCUCUUGGAUGGCUAAUCCCUUCGGAGACCUUCCCCUUGGAAACCCGAUCAGCAGGGCAAAGUGUGACUGUUUGUGUUAAUAUGCUCUUCACUUUUGUCAUCGGACAAGCUUUCUUGUCCAUGCUUUGCAAGUUUAAGUUCGGUAUUUUCCUCUUCUUCUCUGGGUGGGUCUUGGUGAUGUCCCUUUUCGUAGUUUUCUUGCUUCCUGAAACCAAGAACAUCCCGAUUGAGGAAAUGACCGAGAAGGUAUGGAAAAGACAUUGGCUUUGGAAAAGAUUCAUGGAUAACGACGAGGACUAUGUUGGUGGAAUUCAAGUUAACUCGAUCAAGCCAGCUAAAUGGUAAAAGUAAUGGAGCUACUGCUGCACUUAAAAGUUUGGUGUAUCAAUUUCAAUGCAAUACAAACCUCAAUAUUUGUUAGUAAUACAAUUAUUAUACAGUAAUUUAGCUGAUAUGAUGGAAGUAAAUAGGAUAUUGACGAUAAUCAGGGUAUACUUUGGUAGCGAAACUGUGCCCUUCCUACUCUUAAUGAGCUAGGAUUUUCUAUAAUGAGUGAACAGGCUUAUUUCUUUGAUUCUCUACUGAUUUUUACGUUGUUUAUAAAAUGUUGAUGCAAUUUCACAUUAA